UUCUGCCUCCACCUGUUCUGCCUCGGUUCGGUCCGCUGUUUGCCAGCCUGGUGAACAUACUGCAGUGUGACGUGCUGCUGGGGAUUCUGGGAGCUGUGCUGCAGUGGGCGAUGGAGCCCAGCGGGGGACACUGGUCUGAGUCCAUGCUUCAGAGGGUGCUGCAUCUCAUAGGCAUGGGCCUGGUGGAAGAACAGCAGCAUCUCAUUGGCAGCGCAGAAGAUAAUGAUACCAAUUUCAACUUCACUUUAAAAAUCUCCACACCAGGUGAGGCUCCUGCUAACACUCCCAGUAUCUUGGCUCUAUUGGAAACCCUGCAGAACGCUCCUCAUCUGGAGGUGCACAAGGACAUGAUCCGCUGGAUCCUCAAG